GAUGGUGUCCGCACGCUCGCUCGCCCCGCUCUGCGCACUCGUGCUGUUGGCGACCGCCACCCCCCUCCCCCGCAGCCGCCGCCAGCUCGCCGACGACGACGCGCUGCAGCCGCUACAGGAGGUGGGCGACGAACAGCUCCGGGAGAAGCGCAAGCUCGAGGGCAUCACUCAGGCAAAGUUCGGCGUCAAGAACGCAGUGCUCGGGUUCGUCUUCGGGAAAAUCAACUCGUUGAUCGACGCGAAGACUAAGUUCGUAGCGAACCUGGACCGGCAGAACAUCGAGCUCAACAAGCAGUACGGCAUCGAGGCGCCGUCGAGCGGCGGCCUGGGCUCGCUCGCGGGCGUCGUGGGGCAGGUCAUCGGACCCAAGCUGCAGCUGCUCGGGCCCAAGAUCCAGGCGGUGUCGGGUCUGCUGGGCGGGGCCUCGGGGGGCUCUGCUGGCGGCUCUGGCUCAGGUGGGGGCGGACUCGGCUCCAUCCUCUCGCUGGUCACGUCGCUGUCCGGCUCUUCCUCGGGCGGAGGAGGAGGCGGCACCGUAGAGACUAUCGAUUCCUCCGAAGAGGAUGACUCGUGAUCCCUUCUUCUUCCUCUAAACACAGCACCAGCACGCGGCAGGUCAACUCACAUUCCAGUAUCAGAUUAAAGUGAACGUUCAAUUGAUUAUUUCGUCAUGAAUCAAUUAAAAAACACUUUUUAUUCAUACUAUUUCAAAGAAAAAGACUGCUAAAGUAGAGCAGCCAUAUUAGUAAAGUAGAAAGAGAUCCAUGCAUCGUUUGCGCCAAGUUUCCAGUGCCUUGCGUACUCGUGUGCGGAGUUGAUCUGCUGUUUGCUAUGAGAUAGUCGAAGGCAUAUGAGGCUCAGAUCCCAGUGAGAGUACUGGAGUGGGAGCGCAGUAAGGGAGCCCCGGAGUCGUGACCCGCGCUAGUGGCACUACACUAGCGAGCGUAAGUCACGCUCUUGUUCCCCCGCCCAGUCGCACGCACAGCUGCGCGAUUUCUCGUCUCUCUCCUGUUCUCCUGCUCCACUCUUCUCCUCUAACUUUUUGUACUUUUCUUCUACCGGUAUUGAACCGCACUCUCUACUCUGUAUAUUUAUAUUUUGUAAAUAGUUUUAGGUGAAAUGGUGAUAUUAAAUAUUUUUGUAUAAUUAUUUUUUUCAUUG